AUGGCCGACCUGGCCUUCCACUGCCACUGCCUGACGGACGGACGGACGCACGUCGUCCAGCUGCGCGCGUCGGACCGAGUCGGCGUGCUGCGCCGCCGCCUCGCGAGCGCUUCAGGCCUUCCUCGCGUCGAGUGCUCUGACGACACGGCGGCGGCGGAGUCCCUCCCGCGGCGCUCCAUCACCGCGUGGUCCGCUCGGUACUCUCGCGGCGUCAGCGACACCGCCGCCGCCGCCGCCGCAGUCGCCGCCGCCGAGCGUCGGCAGUACGAGCGUCAGUACUUGCAGCUCGAGGCGCGGCGGCUGGCGGCGCGGGCGGCGGAGGGGGUGGCGGCGGCGUGGCGCGCGGCGCGCGCGCACGCGCCGGCCGCGCGCGCCGCCGUUGCCGCUGUGGAGAGAGGGACGUGGGCUCGCGCCGCGCUCUGGCUUGGCUUGCUGGUGGCGGCGAGGGAGGUCGGUCUCGCGAUGCCCUUUCUUAUCGCGGCGGCCAUCCACUCCCUCUUUGCCAGGGAGGCGGCCAUCUACUCGAUCUUUGCAAACCUCGGCGUGGCCGACGGCGGCGAGUCGGCGUACACAGUCUUUAACAACAUGAGGGCUCUGCCCGGUCAGAUCCGCGCUGAGGACGUGCAGGCCCAGAUGAUGCACGGCUUCGGGUGAAGGCCUUGCGCGCGAGCCGAAAGGAAGGGGCCGGGGCGCGUCCUCGGACGACCGUACGGCGUACAUGCGCGUUUUUAAACUACACGCCGGAACAAACUCUCGACUAAGGAAGGGGCCAGGCCCAGGGCCCAGAGGGGCCGGGGCGGCGGGGCGCCUCACGACUAGUUGCAAAUACGGGUGAGCUCUGUGACAAUGAUGAAUUUUCA